AUGUCAUCUAAGGAACAAGGACUCUUGUGUUAUAAUGGGGAAGUCCUUAUCUUUCAGUUGUGCCAAGGAAAAGUUAUUGAUGAACUGGCUACAAAAACACCCACAUUACAUGUCAGAAGAAUGGUUUUUAACAAAGGAACAAGGGCAUUUGAUCAGAAGUCCACUGGAUUUUUGAGCAUGGAGGAAGAUAAUUCUAAUUUUAAAAUCUUUUAUUGUAGCUGUGUGUCAGACUUCAAAACUGGACUUACCUUCCCUUAUGUUAUGAUACAGAGCAGUGAGAAUAAUGUUUUUAAAUAUUUUGUACUAUUGCUUCACAGUACCAAUAAGUUCAUAAAGCAGUUGAGUUUUCAACUAGACUAUGAGUUGAAGGACAGUUUAUGGGUCCUUAAUGGUCCUUUAGUUUUAUGGAGACACAGCAAAUCAGUUUACUGCAUCUCUCCAAAAACACGCAAGGUUGUUAGUGUGCCAGUUAAGUUUUCUUCUAUUGUAUGGGCAGGGGACAUUGUAAAUCUAGGGACUGUUUUAUUGGGAUGUACCCAGGAACCUUCAAAAUCAAAUUGUGUUGUUUCGGAUGCCAAAUUUUCUGUCUAUUCUCUUGAUAGUCAAGAAAUGCUACCUGACACAUACAUUAUCCCUCAUGUUUAUAGCAGUGUUAUAACUUCUGUGCAUGUAUGUGCAACUAAGCUAGUCAAUAACCAAUUAAGAAUAUCUCUGAUUGCCCUCACUCGAAAGAAUCAGCUGAUUUUAUUCAAGAAUGGUAUUCCUGAGAGCGUGUGCCAACUUCCAUUUGGAGAUCCUUGUAGAGUUCAACCUAUGGAUGCAUAUGGAGGAGACUCCUUUUACAUUGUAUCCUUCAGGUCCAAUGAUGCUUGCGCUGUUUGGAAAAAGAACUUUCAGGUUGCAAUGAAGUGGGAAAAAAUUAUGUCACUACUGAUUGAUGACUUUAUUGGAACUGGGACUGAACAGGUAUUGCUACUUUCCAAGAGCUCCUUAAACUCAGAUUGCCUGGCUUCGUUUAAAAUGACAAAUCUCGCCAACAUAAACUAUUCAAGUGAUACGUUGGAUUGCAAUGAAGAUAGUUUAAUUGAUGAUAGCAAGAAGGAUUCUCAUUCUUUGGUGAUUCUAGCUCUGGAAAGAAGAUUGAAGACUGAUUUGGCUUCUAUUCACAAUUUACAGCAGCAUCUCUUGCUUAAGGAAAAAAUUAUUUUCAAAUCUUGCCAAGCUUUAAUAAACUUGGUUCAAGGGAAAACUGGUCCACCAUCAAGUACAGAGGAGGCAUGUCUUGUUCAUUUUUGUGGAGAAAAAGAAAAUCCUGUGUAUACCUUUGAUGAUAAGUUACCAGACAAUUUUAAAGAUUCAGAACAUCUAAUAGAAAAGAUAUGGUAUCGUGUAAUGGAUGAUAGCUUGGUUGUUGGAGUGAAAACCACAUCGUCUUUGCAAAUAUCUCUGAAUGAUAUAACUCUAUGGCUGUUACUGGAUAAAGCUUAUGGCUCCAGUGUUCUGCUAAAGUGUCAGAACAAAGUGAUUAAGUUAAAUAGAGAUCCUUUGCCAGCAUCAGCUUUUUUACCACCUGAAGGAGGAUCAGAGGCAAAAAGGAUCAAGUUGACCCUUCUUCGUGAAGACAAGAAAAGCUAUUGUCAACAACCAUCUAAAAAAGAUUAUAUACAAACAAUUACUGCUGUAACUCCUCUGUCACCACUUUUAGCACUCAUUAAUUUCUGUUGCAUUGUGCUGCUGCAAAUUAGGAAGAGAAACAAUGGUAACUAUUCAGAAGAUCAUUAUAUUCCUUGUGGCAGACUUCUUAUAAGACUGGAGGAUAUUUCAAUGGGGAAGUACCUAGUGACAUUUCCAGAACCUAAAUCUACAGAACACAUAGAAGAUAUUUUUACACUUCUUUCAGCAUUGGACAGAUUUUGUUUUCACGUCACAUCAUCUGAUCGUACCCUGACUUCAAUGCAGACAUGGUUCUUAAAAUACAUGCAAUGUGAGGUAAUCAAAGAAUUUCCAGAAAUCUGGUUCUCUAAAAAGCCAGGAAGUUUUUAUGGGUCACUCUUCAACUGGAAACAAAGGACACCAUGUGAAGGAAUUUUAAUAGUAUAUUGCAGGAAUCAAGCUGUUUUGUUCCAGUGUCUUCAUUAUCUCAUUAGAGUUCUCCCAAUAAACUGUUCCUUCAAAAAGCUAAGAUCAGGAAGUGAGGAUUUCUUAAUUGAUCGUUUGGCAUUAACUUUGGAGGAGGAGCUGCGUACCAUUACUAGUUAUCUUUCUUCAGCCUUAGCUGAGAUUGAAAGCAGCUUUUCCCAGCAGUAUGAAGCAGACAGAAGUCAGAGCAAUCCCAUUGUGGCUUCUUUAUCAGACAGGGAGGAAAGAAUCCGCCAAUACAGAAAAGAACUUCAGAGAGAAAAGAAGCAAAUCACGUUGGCAAUGAACCUAAAAGUGAGUGCCAUUCUUUAUAGAGAAAUUAAUUUGAAAAUAGCUGAAGUUCAGCUGAAAUCAAACUUAAACAUACAGAAGUUGGCCAGUCUAUAA